AUGGACGCGUCGCAGUACUCGACCAAUGGUAUAAACUCGUCCGCUACAGGAACUGGAGGAUCGUACCCAUCUCCCCCACCUGCCGUCACGCCUCAUCAACUCUCCCAGCACAACUCGCAGCAGAACUCUCCCAUGCCCCAUCACACUCUGCCGCCCCUUCAACCUCACCCCUCCGCCGCCAUGAACCAGAUGUACGGCAGCAACCCGCACACCCCGCGUACGCCUGCCACGCCGAACACGCCCACCUCCAACGCCGGCGGUAACACCAACGGCAACAGCAUGGCCAGUUAUCCCAACCAGGCCGCUCACGCCGGCCGCGGUGCUCCUUACCAGAUGCAGGCCAAUUAUCCUCCUCCGCCUCAAGGCUACGCGACGAGCUCCGGCAUGAUGCCGCAGAGCACCAUGGCGCACUCGCACCCUCAGCCCAUCGCACCCGCCCCCAUUGGCGGCCGAGUGCCCCCCAACCUGCGUCCCAUGCCUCCUGGAGGUGUCAUGCCGCAGCCCGGUGUGCAGUCUCCCUACGGCCCUGGCGGUAUGAUGCAGCAGUCUCUGCCUGAUGGCGACCAGCCCACGCACGUUGUCGGCUCGCAAGGUCGUCGCGGCAUUCUGCCUAGCGCGCCCGGCCGUCCUACUGCGCCCCAAGCUGGCUCUGGUACUGCCAAGAGCACCGUCAUCCCCCAGAAGGAUGCCGAUGGUAAAUUCCCGUGCCCUCACUGCACCAAGACGUACCUUCACGCGAAGCACCUGAAGCGUCACCUCCUGCGUCACACGGGCGACCGCCCUUACAUGUGUGUCCUGUGCCGCGAUACGUUCUCCCGAAGCGACAUUCUCAAGCGUCACUUCCAGAAGUGCUCUAUCCGCCGCGGAAACCCCAGCGGUGCCACCCACUUGUCUCACCCCCAGGCUCACGUCAAGAAGAAUGCCGCCGCCCAGCAAAAGGCGGCCGCUCUUGGCCAGGAUAACGGAGACCUGAACCACCUCAAUGGCAUGAACAACAUGUCGGCUGAUGGCAUCGUGCAGCCUUUCGGCAUGAUGCCCCAGGUGCCCGAGGGCAUGGCCAACCUCGCCAACGACCAGAACCAGCUGUCCCGCGCCAGCAGUCUUAACAGGAUGGAGAAUGGCAACGGCCAGGACAGGCGCGGCAUCCCUGGCAUGCCCGGCAACCCCCGCGGAGGCAACUUCGAGCAGGGUUACGGCGGCGAUGUCCAGAACCCGAUGCAGCCCGGUCUCAACCAGCAGCUGCCCAACUACAACAUGCCUCCUGGCCAGAACGGCAUGCCCAUGUAUGGUGGCAACAACCAGAACCAGCAGCCAGGCCUUGACUGGACUCAGAUGUUCCCUCCUGAGCCUAAUCCCGACGUUUCGAGAACAGAAGCCUUUCCUGGCGAUUUCCUGGAAAAGUACACGCACUUCCACGUGCACUUUCCCAUCCUCCACAUUGCCACCUUCAAUGUGGCUCACUCGUACACCGGCUUACUCGCAGGAAUGCAAAUGAUGGAUUUCCUGCGGUCUGCUCUCAUUCGCGACAUUCAGUUCAUGUCGGAAGCGUUCGGAAUCCCCCACGCCGGCGUAGAACGCACAGUCUUUGACCAGAGAGCGACCGAGGAACUUCAGGCCGCCAUGCUGAUGCAGAUUGUCUUUCUGUGGCAUGGUACACCGACGCAGCGUCAGACCGGCUUCCAGUCUUUUCCUGUUGUCCUGGAUCGCGCUCGCAAGCUUGGUUUGCUCCAGGUAUCCACGGGAGCGCCCCUCGUCAGUUCACUUCACCAGUCCAACUUUUCUCCGCACAACUUUGAUGUCUCCACUUUCAACUGGGACAUGUGGGUUGCGCAAGAGAAGCGGAUUCGCUUGAUGCACAUUAUCUUUCUUUGUCAUGCGGCAUUGGAACUCUAUUUCAACCUGGACUCGCACCUGGACAGCUUCGACAUGCAGAUUCCUUUGCCAUCAGAUGAUGCCGCCUGGGACUCCCGAACCAGUCGAGAAUGCGAGGUUGCUCUUGGCCUUCACGGCCCACUCCUCGCACGAGAAAGCAACAUGGAUGGAACGCAGCGCAGUACCCAGCCAAUCAUGGCCCAAGUCUUGCGAACUCUGUUCCAUAGCUCCUACCAGGUUCAACCGGGCAGCACCAAUCUCUACGGCAAAUUCAUCCUGAUCCACGGCAUCUUGUCGUCAAUGCGAAAGGUUCAGCUGACCGGCAAUGCGUCUUUCCUCGUCAAUUGCGGAACGCCUCCCUUGUCCGACUGGAUGGUGGCGGAUCGCUUUGAUCCAACCACCGUUUCGGGGCGCAGUACGCCUGUUGAGGGUGGUUGUCAGAUGGCACCGGAAGUGCUUGCGCUGUUUGGCGUGGCUCUGGACAAGUUCAAGGCAAAUUGGGACGCUGACAUGGUCACUCAAUUCCCGCCCAACCUUGGCCCGGGCAGCGCGAGACGAUAUGGGUUCUCGCGAGAUGGCGUCCAUUUCUAUUGGAUGGCCAAGUUUCUGCUCAAGCACACACAGCCCGCGCACCUUCAGCAGGCGCCAGAUUCCCGGUUUACGAACGUUAUCAAGCUUUUAAAGUCUGUCAGGGCUUGGGUCAUGUCAGAUGGAGCCUCGCGGGGCGAAGAAUUGGGGUCGGUCGGCGAUAUUGACAAGGACUUCGGGGCCAUGGAUUUGACAUUCGACAUGGCUGGGCUUUUCAAGCCUGUGCCAGAGGUCGUGGCCACUCCAGGGAUACCUUCUGUUCAAACAAACAUCGGCGGCAUCGGCGGAGGCAUGAUUUGACAAUGGGCAGCUUUGUCCAUUUCACUGCAUUGUUCGGCGGCGUUUUGUUUUCUCUUUCUCUUUUCCUAUUCCUCUUUUUUUUUUCCUUUUCCCCUCUUCCCAUCUCAUGCUCUUGUUCUGUGCCGUUCACGCGCCGCCACAGGCUGUCACGGCCCGAACUGACACGACUCGCGGGCCGUCGUACACAGUACUCAGUGAACUGCGUUGUUUUGCAUCAGAAGCCCGGGAACGCGGUGGUUUGGUCCUGCUAUGCAUUUUUCUCCGAGGGGCGGUACCACGCAAUGAUAGAAGGGGAGUGGAGUUGGCACCGCAUUAGACUUCUUGCAGAUAGAAACUGGGGAGGCUCUUUGGGCGGCCGCAACGGUAGCUCGGGAGAUUGUCACGAUACUCGGGGGCCUUCCCUGAUUACGAAACUUGGGCGCGGGUAUGCGCAGAGCAACGGAACUCGGCUGGUGCGGUCUGGUGUCAGAUGGUCAUUGUCAUACGUCUGAAGCAGACACGGUGAGGGAGGCAUUGUUGUUUUUCUGAUUCUUGUUAUUCGGUUCACUUGUUACGCGCGCAUGAGAAAAAUACGUCAGAAAAGGGGAAGGGGCAGAAUUUGACCAGUUGCAGGCCGCAUUCAGAAUGCAGGACAGCAGGCAUCCAGGCGGCAUAGAUUAUGUUGUAGAUGUUAGAACCACGACGAGGAGCAUCCAACUCGCGUUAACUAUGAUCAUCCCCAAC